AUGGUGCUUGGAGGGAGAAAAGGGACCGUGACACCUCAUGAGCAGAAUCCAAGCCCAAGACCUAAGGGUACUAAAAUGAGUAAAAGAAAGAUGAGGAGGGAAAAAAAGAGAGAGAUGGAGGACCUGAAGAAGGAAGUGGUCAUGGAUGAUCACAAAUUAACCUUGGAUGAGCUGAGCACCGAAUAUUCUGUGGACCUAACCAAGGGCCAUAGCCCUGAAGAGGCACAGGAAAUCCUGGCUCGAGAUGGACCCAAUACACUUAGCCCACCCCCUACUGCUCCAGAAUGGGUUAAAUUCUGUAAACAACUGUUUGGUGGCUUUUCCCUCCUACUGUGGACUGGUGCCAGUCUCUGCUUUGUGGCCUAUGGCAUCCAGUUAUAUUUCCAUGAGGACCCUACCAAAGAUAAUCUGUACCUCGACAUUGUACUAACAGUCAUGGUCAUCAUCACCGGCUGCUUCUCUUAUUAUCAGGAGGCCAAGAGCUCCAAGAUCAUGGAAUCUUUUAAGAACAUGGUACCUCAGCAAGCUCUAGUAAUCCGAGGCGGAGAGAAGAUUCAGAUCCCUGUACAAGACAUGGUGGUAGGAGACCUGGUAGAACUGAAGCGGGGAGACCGGAUCCCUGCUGACAUCCGGCUUAUCUCUUCACAAGGAUGUAAGGUGGACAACUCAUCCUUGACAGGAGAGUCAGAGCCCCAAUCCCGUUCCUCUGAUUUCACCAAUGAGAACCCUCUGGAGACCCAAAAUAUCUGCUUCUUCUCCACCAACUGUGUGGAAGGGACAGCCCGGGGCAUCAUGAUUGCCACAGGGGACUCCACGGUGAUGGGCCAAAUUGCCUCGCUGACCAAGGUGUGUCUGACCCCGACAGCCAAGCGCAUGGCUCGGAAGAACUGCUUGGUGAAGAACCUGGAGGCGGUGGAGACGCUGGGCUCCACCUCCACCAUCUGCUCCGACAAGACAGGCACCCUCACCCAGAACCGCAUGACCGUCGCCCACCUGUGGUUCGACAGGACCAUCUGUGAGGCCGAUACCAGCGAAGAACAGACUGGGAAUUCAUUUGCCAAGGGCUCUGAUACCUGGUUUAUCCUGGCCCGCAUCGCUGGCCUCUGCAACCGGGCUGAUUUUAAAGCUAAUCAGGAGUACCUUCCCAUAGCUAAGCGGGCAACAGCAGGGGAUGCUUCUGAGUCAGCCCUCCUCAAGUUCAUCGAGCAGUCUUACAGCUCUGUGAAGGAGAUGAGAGAGAAAAGCCCCAAGGAGGCAGAAAUUCCCUUUAAUUCUACCAACAAGUACCAGAUGUCCAUCCACCUUCGGGAGGACGGCUCCCAGACCCACGUACUGAUGAUGAAGGGGACACCUGAGAGGAUCUUGGAGUUUUGCUCUACUUACCUUCUGAUAGGGCAGGAGUACCCAAUGGAUGAUGAAAUGAAGAAAGCCUUCCAGAAUGCCUACUUGGAACUGGGAGGUCUGGGGGAACGCGUGCUAGGGUUCUGCUUCUUGAAUCUGCCGAACACUUAUUCCAAGGGAUUCAAGUUUAACACUGAUGAAAUCAAUUUUCCCAUGGAUAACCUUUGUUUUGUGGGGCUCAUCUCCAUGAUUGACCCUCCCCGAGCUGCAGUGCCUGAUGCCGUGGGCAAGUGUCGGAGUGCCAGGAUUAAGGUGAUUAUGGUAACAGGGGAUCAUCCCAUUACAGCCAAGGCCAUUGCCAAGGGUGUGGGCAUCAUAUCAGAAGGCACCGAGACAGCAGAGGACAUUGCUGCCCGGUUCAAGAUCCCUGUCAGCCAGGUCAAUGCCAGGGAUGUCAAAGCCAUUGUAGUGCAUGGCUCAGAACUAAAAAAUAUGAACUCAGAGCAGCUUGAUGAGAUCCUCCAAAACCACACUGAGAUCGUGUUUGCUCAGACCUCCCCCCAGCAGAAGCUCAUCAUUGUAGAGGGAUGUCAGAGGCUGGGAGCCAUUGUGGCGGUGGCAGGCGACUGGGUGAACGACUCCCCCGUGCUGAAGGAGGCGGACAUCGGCAUUGCCAUGGGCAUUGCUGGCUCUGAUGUGUCUAAGCAGGCAGCUGACAUAAUCCUGCUGGACGACAAAUUUGCCUCCAUCGUCAUGGGUGUGGAGGAGGGCCGCCUGAUCUUUGACAACCUGAAGAAAUCCAUCGCCUAUACCCUGACCAGCAACAUCCCUGAGCUCACCCCCUUCCUGCUGUUCAUCAUCCUCGGUAUCCCACUGCCUCUGGGCACCAUAACCAUCCUCUGCAUUGACCUGGGCACUGACAUGGUCCUUGCUAUCUCCUUGGCUUAUGAGUCGGCUGAAAGUGACAUCAUGAAGAGGGCUCCACAGAAUCCAAAGACUGAUAAGCUGGUGAAUGACCGUCUCACUGGCAUGGCCUACGGACAGACUGGGAUAAUCCAGGCUCUGGCAGGAUUCUUCACCUACUUUGUGAUCUUGGCUGAGAAUGGUUUUAAACCUAUUGAUCUGCUGGGCAUCCGCAUCAGCUGGGAAAAUCGAUACCUCAAUGACCUGGAGGACAGCUAUGGACAACAGUGGACCUAUGAGCAGCGUAAGGUGUUGGAGUUCACAUGCCAAACGGCCUUCUUUGUCAGCAUCGUGGUUGUGCAGUGGGCUGACCUCAUCAUCUGCAAGACCCGCAGAAAUGUCUUCCAGCAGGGCAUGACAAACAAGAUCCUAAUAUUUGGGAUCCUGGAGGAGAUCCUGGCUGCUUUUCUGUCCUACACUCCAGGCAUGGACGUGGCCCUGCGAAUGUACCCACUCAAGAUAACCUGGUGGCUCUGUGCCACUCCCUACAGCGUCCUCAUCUUUGUCUAUGAUGAAAUCAGAAAACUCAUCAUCCGUCGUCACCCUGGCGGCUGGCUGGAGAAGGAGACCUACUACUAA